GUCUGGUCAUACAGUAAACAAAUACUUUGAACUGUAUUUACAUUGUUCCUCCGCUUUUGCAUUUAACAAAUACAAACCUGUUCCAUCCACUAGCACACAACAAUAGAAGAGCAGGGGAAAACCUUGUCGUGUAUCUCAUCGGUAUCAGGGCAAACAGAAGGAAUUUGUUUUACACCUGCCAAAGAGUCCUCUGGCACUGAUUGAAGAGAGUUGCCCGUUGCUAAGCAACGGAAUGCAGAACCGCCUCCCGGGACUUUACAGCUCGUCCUCCUUAUUUGCAAACAGACAUAAAAAGUAUCUAGCAACUACAACUACACCAGAUGAAACAGCUAAUUUAGUGGACGGUCUCUGGAGCUGCCACGGGAUCAGUUUUCAUUCGGUUAAACGCAGAGACGGGGGGGCUGAAGUGAUGUCCCGGUCGUAGUGCAAUCAUGUCCGACGAAGAACGUGUGUCGUCUUUCCUUGAGGACGACCGGGUGAAGUUUGUCGAGGGAAACGUCCGUGCGCUGCUGCGGCUGCACGGCCGAGCCUGGGGCGAGAGGGCCGCAACCGGAGACUUCCAAGCGCUCUUAAAAAACUUCUUUGACAAGGAGACAGUUAUAUUUAUCUCUGCAUCGAAUAAAGCCGGCCUGGUUGCUUCUAAAGAGGUCCCACUCAAUACUGAAAAUAAACAAAUCUACAUCCUCAAGAAGAGAGUUGUUCCGAUCACCUCUGAAAACUACAGGGAACUCCUGCUCUUUGGCCUCCAGUCUCCAUCAUCUCAACUAACGCUGCAGCUGUCCAACACAGUAGAGCAGGUUUGUGUUCCCCUGCUGUCAAACAACAAAAACCAUCAAACGUGGCCCAAUCUGAUAUCUGAAGACAUUAUUCUACAUGGAGAGAAGAUGUGCAGUAAGACAUCAGUUGUCAGGGGACAGAUUUUAGGAAAAAGCGUCCUGCCUAUUCCAACAGAGAUGGAUUGGAUUGAAAAUUCCUUCAGCACCUUCAAAAUGUGCAAUAACUAUGACAGGGCACUGGCCCAUGCCAUAGAGACCCAGGUCAUCAACUGGACCAAUCUGAUCCAAAAGAUUUUAAAGGAGGAUUCGUCAGACUUACUUCGGACAGGUUGCAAUCCAGGGCCCGAUGCGGAGCUGACGUUUUGGGCAUCCAGGAAGAGCAAUAUAGAGAACAUUUAUUGCCAGCUUCAGAGUGCCGUUGUUCAGAAAAUGGUCACGAUCUUAAAAAUGAUGGAUAGCAGCUAUCAUCCAACAAUCAUGGCUCUAAUUGGAAAUGUAUUUGAUGCACUUCAAGAAGCCAAGGACAUUGACAUUCAUCUACAGCCACUGCAUGCACAGCUGUCUCAACUGGAGAAGGGAGGAUUUCCUCUCUUUGAAACAUUCAUCCCGGCAUUAUUACAUACAAUUUUCCUUAUCUGGAGCAACUGCCAGUCCUAUCAAAAACCAGCACGCGUCGUGGUAUUACUGCAGGAGCUGUGCAAUCUGUUCAUUGAGCAGGCCUCUUCAUACCUCUCUGUGGAUCUGCUGCUCCGCGAGGAACCAGAGGAAAGUCAACAAAUGGUAAAGAAGGUGAUACAAGUAUUUAGAUCUUUCAGACAGAGUUACCAGACCCAGAGGGAGAGGUUGGCCAACCAUGUGAAACAUGCACCCUGGGAUUUCCCAUCUGCCAUGGUUUUUGCCCGUUUCGACCAGUUCCUUGAUCGAAUGCAACAGCUGGAGGACUUGUUUGAAGUGAUGCUGGACUUUCAGAGGAUGGAAAAACUGGAAUUUGCUGGACUCAAUGGCAAAAUCUACAGCGAGCAUGCGGCUCAGAUGUACAGAGAGUUCAGUAACCACUGCCAAGUGUUGAUGCACAGUGAAAACAACCCACUUGAUUUCAACUCUCAGGGAUUUGAAAUCGAGCUGAAGGAUUUGAAAGUGAGGAUUGUGGACUUGGAGUGCCGCCUUGCCAGUCUUCUAUGCUUGGCCUUCAAGGAUUGCCAUGGACUGGAAUCAACCUUAAAAAUGCUUACCAUUGUUGGACCCUUCCUGGAGAGAAGUCAAAUCAGACAGAUAUUCAGUCCCAACUUCAUUCUACUGCAGCAACAUUUGAGUGAAGAGCUGGCGAGAUGUAAAUAUCUGUUUGAAUCCCAGUUGACUCGGAUGGAAAGUGGUCUGACUAAGAACACGGCUUACUCAUCUGGAGCUUUGAAGUGGGCAAAAAUGCUCAGACAACGAAUUCAAACUCCAUGGGAAAGAAUCCGAUUACUGUUGAAUAUGCAUGCAAGAGGUGUAGAGAUGGCGAAGGAACACCACAUGUACACAGAGAUGUUGAGUCUCCUGGACCGAUAUGAGGAAGACAUUUACUCUGACUGGUGUAACGGUUUGGAACAGGCCUGCCUGAUGAACCUGAACCAGCCCCUUCUCUCCCGAGAUACCUCAUCUGACCUGAUCUCACUCAACUUCAAUCCAAAGCUUACGGAAGUCUUAAAAGAUGUGAAGUAUAUUCAGACUCUCGGCCAAAUCAAGAUCCCUGCAGCUGCAAUGACGGUUUUUGAGAUGCGUGGCAUGUUCUCAAAGUAUGUGAGCAGUCUGCAGCUAUUAGUACAAUGGUACAACAAGCUGAAGCAGACAGUGCUAGAGGUGGAACUUCCCCUCAUCAAAGUUGAGCAGGAGUCCAUCGAUGUGCAGUUAACAAGAGCAGAGUCUGACCUGACGUGGCAGGAUCCAGACUGCUGGAGCUUCAUCAGCACCACCAAAGACCUGGUGCACAACCUUGUGUGUCGAGUCAGUGGCGCCAAAGAAAACUGCGAAGCCAUCCAGUCAAUAAUGAAGGAAUGGAGCAAAAAGGCCAUGUUUAGCCGAAAGGACAACAAGAGAGGCUCGCUGAUACAGCUGGAAGACAGGAGAGACCGUGUCAACAAGAAGAACGAGGCCUUGAAGAAGGAUGGCGACUCUAUACACAAGUUGAUACAGGAGAAUAUGGUCCUUUUCCGCGCCGACCCCGCGUCAGAAGCAUGGCAGUGCUACCUAGAGUAUGUGGAUGAGAUGGUGGUGGAGGGGCUCUUCUGCUACAUCCGUCAAUCUCUUCAGUACCUCACGGACAACAUGGAAAUGAGGCCCAACCAGGCACCUCUGUUUGAGGUUCAGUUAAUGCUGACCAGCUCAGGGAUGGUUAACCUCCCCUCCUUGGUGCAAGAUGCAGGGGACGGCCUCUACGAGCUGAUAGAAGGACUGGUCGGAGACAUAUUCAAGACAUCGUUGAACAUCAACAGGGUGGCUGCUCAUCUUAGCGUCGAGAGUUACCAGGAUGUAAUGGAUGAUAUGCUAGAUCUGUCUGACCUGAGACAAGAGGUAAUGGAACGAGUGGAGAACGUCAUCAGGAAAGCAAUAAAUUACCAGAGAAAGUUUGAUUGCUACACCCAUCUCUGGCAAGAUGACAGGGCUGAGUUUCUGAGCCAGUUUCUUCUGUAUGGAAGUGUACUUACGGCUGAAGAGACAGAGGCUUGUGGUGCAGAUGCACUCCUUGAGAGCCCGCCCACAAUCAAUAACUUCAAAGAACAGAUUGAUUACUAUGAGGAUCUGCAUGCGGAAAUUUCCAAGCUCGAAGACUUCACAGUUUUCAAUGGAUGGUUUCGAGUGGACGUCAAGCCCUUUAAAGUGAGCCUCCUUAACGCUAUAAAGAAGUGGAGCUGGCUUUUCAAAGAACACCUCCUGACUUAUGUCACUAACAGUCUUGAUGAGCUCCAGAAGUUUGUAAGAGCCACUGUUCAAGGGCUGGGCCAGCCUGUGGCUAAAGGAAACCACCGCUGCUUGGUGGAAGUGAUGAGUCACUUGUUGGCAGUCCGAGAUAGACAAGCAGCCACGGACGAGAUGUUUGAGCCUUUCAGGGACACAAUAACCCUCCUGGAACAGUAUGGAGUGACCGUACCAGACCAGGUCUAUUUUCAGCUGGAGGAACUUCCAGAGAAAUGGAGUGGGGCCAAAAAACUGGCCCUAAGAGUGAGGCAUGAAGUGGCACCCAUGCAGAAUGCAGAAGUGAUGGUGAUACGGAGACGGUGCAUGGCGUUUGAGGAGAAACAAAGCCAAUUCAGGGAGAUGUUCAGAGCGACAACGCCCUUUAACUACAAUGCAGUUGAUCCCUACAUCACUCUGGAGAAAUCUGAAAAAGCUGUCCGACGCAUGGAGAAAGAGGUAGCAGAUCUACAGGAGUCCACGAAUCUGUUUGACGUUACCAUUCCCGACUACAGAGAGAUAAAGCUGUGCAGACGAGAGAUCACUGUCCUCAAAGAACUGUGGGACAGUGUUGUGUAUGUGAGGAGCAGUGUGGAAAACUGGACAAUGACCAAAUGGAGGCAGAUAAACGUGGACCAGAUGGAUGCAGAAUUGAGGAGCUUUGCCAAGGACAUACGGAAGUUUGACAAGGAGGCUCGCGUGUGGGAUGUGUAUUCUGGGUUGGACCUUUAUGUAAAGAACCUGUUGACGUCACUUCGGGCCGUGAGUCAGCUGCAGAACCCUGCAGUACGAGAGCGCCACUGGGUGAAGCUAAUUACAGCAAAACAGAUGGACUUGUCUGUGACCGACGGUACCACCUUGGAGAACCUCUUGGCUCUGCAGCUCCAUUUGUUCGAAGACGAAGUUCGCAACAUAGUGGACGAGGCGGUCAAAGAAAUGGCCAUAGAAAAGGUUGUGACAGAAAUAAGUCAAACUUGGGAAUCAAAGGAGCUCGCAUACGAAGAUCAUUACCAAACCUCUGUCCCACUUCUUAAAUGUGAUGAGGAACUUAUCGAAACUCUUGAAGAUCAUCAGGUUCAGCUCCAGGGCAUCUUUCAGAGCAAGCACGUACAUCACUUCCUGUUCCAGGUGGUAGAGCUACAGAAACAACUGACUGUGGCUGACUCCGUGCUCAUGGUUUGGAUCGAGGUCCAAAGGACGUGGGUCUACCUGGAAAGCAUCUUCAAAAGUUGUGAUGACAUCUGCCAACAGCUGCCUGCAGAUGCUGACAGAUUUCAAACUAUAGAUGUUGAAUUCCAGGAACUAAUGUUGGACUGUGCCAAGACUGUAAAUGUCAUUGAGGCCACCAACAAACCUCAUCUAUUUGAGAAGUUAGAGGAUCUACAAACAAGGCUUACGUUGUGUGAAAAAGCUCUCGCUGAAUACUUGGAGACAAAGAGACUUGCCUUUCCACGGUUCUACUUCAUUUCCUCUGCAGACUUGUUGGACAUCCUUUCCAAAGGGAGUCGGCCCAGAGAGGUAACUGUUCACCUCUCAAAAUUAUUUGACAGCAUCUCUGAUCUUGAGUUUGCCAAAAACGAACAGUUGGAUAACCCUAAACUCGUAGUGGGCAUGUACAGCAAAGAGAGAGAAUAUGUCCCAUUCCAGAAAGAAUGCUUCUGUUUCGGGCCGGUGGAGACAUGGCUUUCUGGUCUGGAGGAGUCUAUGAAGGAAUGUGUGAGGGGUCAUUUGUCCGAGGCUGUGUCUGUGUACGAGGACAAGCCCAGAGAGCAGUGGAUUCUUGACUUUCCUGCCCAAGUGGCUCUCAUUGGAUCCCAGAUCUGGUGGAGCAAUGAUAUGGAGCUUGUGUUCAAAAGACUGGAGGAAGGAUUUGAGACUGCACUUAAAGAAUACAACAAGAAACAGGUUUCUCAGCUGAACUUGUUGAUCGGCAUGCUACUGGGAGAACUGAGCACAGGCGACCGACAGAAGAUCAUGACUUUGUGCACCAUUGAUGUCCAUGCUAGAGACAUUGUUGCCAGCCUUAUCGCCCAAAAGGUCACCACCUCACAGGCCUUCCAGUGGCUUUCCCAGCUCCGGCAUUGCUGGAACGAAGAGCAGCAUCACUGCUUUGUUAACAUUUGUGAUGCCCAGUUCCUGUACUCGUAUGAGUACCUUGGGAAUACGCCGCGUCUAGUCAUCACCCCCCUCACAGACCGGUGCUACAUCACCUUAACUCAGGCGCUGCACCUGACCAUGAGUGGAGCCCCAGCUGGCCCCGCUGGAACAGGGAAGACUGAGACCACUAAGGAUCUUGGGAGAGCCUUGGGCGUCAUGGUGUACAUCUUCAACUGUUCUGAACAGAUGGACUACAAGUCAAUUGGUGAUAUCUACAAGGGUCUGGCCCAGACGGGAUCGUGGGGCUGCUUUGAUGAGUUCAAUCGCAUCGCCGUGGAUGUUCUGUCAGUUGUAGCAGUGCAGGUCAAAACCAUACACGACGCCAUCCGCACUAAAAAGAAAAGGUUCCUGUUCUUAGAUGAGGACAUUGUCUUAAAGCCCUCUGUGGGGAUUUUCAUCACAAUGAACCCUGGCUAUGCAGGCAGGACGGAGCUACCUGAGAACCUCAAGGCUCUUUUCAGACCCUGUGCCAUGGUGGUGCCUGACACUGAGCUCAUUUGUGAGAUCAUGCUGGUAGCUGAAGGCUUCCGGGGUGCGAAGCCUCUAGCCAGGAAGUUCAUUACUCUGUACAAUCUCUGCAAAGAACUGCUUUCUAAGCAGGACCACUACGAUUGGGGUUUGCGUGCUGUCAAGUCUGUUCUGGUUGUAGCAGGGGCACUGAGAAGAAGAGACAAGAGUAGACCAGAGGAUCAGGUGCUGAUGCGUGCAUUGAGGGACUUCAACACGCCUAAAAUUGUCACCGAGGAUGUGACUAUCUUCUUGGGAUUGCUGGGAGAUCUGUUCCCAGGCCUGGAGGUGGAGCGAGAGAGAGACUGCGAAUUUGAAAAGGCCAUCCGAAAGACCACGCUGGAGCUCAGACUCCAGCCCGAGGAGACGUUCAUCCUUAAGGUGGUGCAGUUGGAGGAACUCAUGGCAGUGCGUCAUUCUGUCUUUGUUGUUGGAAAUGCUGGGACUGGGAAAAGCCAGAUAUUGAGAGUUCUUCAUAAAACCUAUGUAAACUUGAAGAGGAAGCCUGUAUGGAAGGACCUCAAUCCAAAGGCAGUGGACAGAGAUGAAUUGUUUGGCUUCAUCCACCACGCAACCCGAGAAUGGAAAGAUGGGUUGCUUUCGUCGUUGAUGCGAGAGCAAGCAGCCAUCUCCCACGUAGGACCUAAGUGGAUUGUGUUGGACGGAGACAUUGAUCCGAUGUGGAUUGAAUCACUCAACACCGUGAUGGAUGACAACAAGGUGCUGACUCUUGCCAGUAAUGAACGUGUGCCGCUCACUUCAUCCAUGAGACUGGUGUUUGAAAUCAGUCACCUCCGGACGGCCACUCCUGCUACUGUGUCCAGAGCGGGAAUUCUGUAUGUCAACCAACAGGACCUGGGCUGGAACCCGUAUGUUGCCAGCUGGAUUGAACAAAGACAACGCCAGACAGAAAAGGCCCACCUCACCAUAAUGUUUGAAAAAUAUGUCCCUCGUUGUCUAGAAAAGAUUAAAAACAGCUUCAAGACCAUUACUCCUAUCCCAGAAAACUCCAUGGUGCAGACCCUCUGCACUUUGCUCGACUGCCUUCUAACACCAGAAGGUAUUCCAUCGGACUCUCCGCGGGAGCUCUAUGAGACCUACUUUGCCUUCGCCUGCAUCUGGGCUUUUGGUGGAGCCCUGUUUCAAGAUCAGCUCUAUGAUUACCGGGUGGAGUUCAGUCGAUGGUGGACCAAAGAAAUGAAGACUGUGAAGCUGCCAGCACAGGGGACAGUGUUUGACUACUACCUUGACCCUCAAACUAAGCGGUUCCUGCCCUGGAGUGAUAAUGUGCCUCCUUUAGAAAUGGAAACGUGUACACCAUUACAGGCUGUUGUGGUACACACAGCAGAGACUGUGCGACUUCGCUACUUCAUGGACUUGUUGCUGGAGAGCAGACAGCCACUAAUGCUUGUGGGGAAUGCUGGAGUGGGAAAGACCGCACUCGUCAAGAACAAGUUUGACUGCCUGACAGAGAGUUACGUGACAACAAAAGUACCCUUCAACUACUACACCACCUCCCUCAUGCUGCAGGGGAAUCUUGAGCGGCACUUAGAGAAAAGAGCGGGCCGAAGCUUCUUCCCUGUAGGCAACAAAAGGCUAGUCUACUUCCUGGACGACCUCAACAUGCCCGCUGUGGACAGUUAUGGAACAGUGCAACCUCACACACUUAUACGUCAGCAUCUGGACUAUGGCCACUGGUAUGAUAGACAGAAACUGUGCAUAAAAGAAAUACACAAUACCCAGUAUGUCGCCUGUAUGAAUCCAACUGCUGGGAGCUUCACUAUCAACCCCAGACUACAAAGACAUUUCUCAGUGUUUGCCGUGAACUUUCCUUCCUCUGGGGCUCAGAUGUCCAUCUUCAGCCAGAUCCUUUGUGGCCACCUGAAGCAGCGGCUCUUCAGUCCGUUGGUUCAGAAGAGCGCAUUAGCUGUUGUUCAAGCUGCCAUAACUCUUCAUCACAAGAUGGUUCACAGCUUUCUGCCCACAGCCGUCACAUUUCACUACACAUUUAAUCUACGAGAUUUGUCAAACGUCUUUCAGGGCAUGCUCUUCGCUGGGCCGGACAGUGUGGAAGAGAGCACCGACCUGGCACUGUUGUGGCUCCACGAGUCCUGUAGAGUGUACUCAGACAGACUGGUAGAUGUCAAGGACCUGCAGCUCUUCCGGAUGCUCCAGAUGGAGACUGUGCAUGAAUGCUUUGAGGGACUGGAGGAAAAGAAAAUGACAAAGCUGCCGCUCCUCUAUUGCCACUUUGCCAAAAAAGGCAACGAAGCCUCCUAUGUUCCGAUUACAGACUGGGCGUCACUCAAGUCCGUCCUCACAGACGCCCUGGAGAGCUACAAUGAGCUCAAUGCAGCCAUGAAUCUGGUACUGUUUGAAGAUGCCAUGCAACAUGUCUGUCGCAUCAGUCGUAUCCUGGAGUCUCCGGGGGCUCAUGGCUUACUGGUUGGUGUCGGGGGAAGUGGGAAGCAAAGCCUGACUCGUCUGGCUGCCUACAUGUCCUCCGUGGAAGUCUUCCAAAUCACUCUGAGUAAGGGUUAUAGCAUCCAAGACCUCAAGAUGGAUCUGACCGGUUUAUUCCUGAAGACUGGAGUGAAGAACCAGCGUGUGGUUCUGCUGCUGACCGAUUCACAGAUACCUGAUGAGCGAUUUCUGGUCACUAUUAAUGAUUUACUGGCAUCAGGAGAGAUUCCUGAGCUCUUCAGCGAGGAGGAGAUCGACGACAUUGUGUCUGCCGUCAGAGCUGAGGUCCGAGCCCUCGGACUGCUGGACAUCAGGGAGAACUGCUGGAGAUUCUUCACUGACCGAGUUCGACUACAACUCACGGUGGUGCUGUGUUUGUCUCCCGUGGGCAGUACCCUUCGCAUUCGUGCCCGUCGGUUCCCCGCUCUCGUGCAGUGCACCACCAUUGACUGGUUCCAUCCCUGGACCUCAGAAGCCCUGCAGUCGGUCAGCUUCAGGUUCAUCCAAAAGAUUGAAGACCUUGAGCCUGCUGUCCAGGAAUCCAUCAGUCUUUUCAUGGCCUACGUUCACACCAGUGUCAACCAUGCAAGUGAAAAAUACCGGCGCAAUGAGAGGAGGUACAAUUACACCACCCCCAAGAGCUUUCUCCAGCAAAUCACUCUGUACAGAAACCUUCUGCAGAAGAGCCGGGCUCAGCUCCUGCACAAGAUGAACCGGCUUGUCAGCGGCCUUCAAAAACUCCAAACAACUGCCGUCCAGGUUGAAGAUCUAAAAGCAAAGUUGGCAUCUCAAGAAGCUGAGUUGACCUUAAAAAAUCUGAAUAUUGAGGCUUUGAUUACAAAGAUUGGACUGCAGACUGAGAAGGUGAGCAGCAAGAGAGAGGCUGCAGAUCUUGAGGCCCAAAAGGUUGCCGUCAUCCAGGCAGAAGUCUUGGUCAAACAGAGGGACUGCGAAAAAGACCUUGACAAGGCAGAGCCAUCACUGACAGCAGCUACAGCAGCGCUGGACACCCUCAACAAAUUGAAUCUCACUGAGCUGAAGGCCUUUCCAAACCCUCCGGAGGCAGUGAUCAACGUGGCAGCAGCUGUGAUGGUUCUGCUCGCGCCCCGCGGUCGAGUGCCUAAAGAUCGGAGUUGGAAGGCGGCGCGCGCCUUCAUGGGCAAGGUUGAUGAUUUCCUACAAGCCCUGGUGUCAUAUGACAAGGAGCAUGUCCCUGAGGUCUGUUUGACUGCAGUAAAACAAAAGUAUCUGAGAAACCCAGAAUUCCACCCCGAUCUAGUUCGGACCAAAUCUACAGCUGCGGCGGGUCUCUGUGCCUGGACCAUUAACAUUGUCAGAUACUAUGAGAUUUAUUGUGAGGUCAUUCCAAAGAGGCAAGCGCUAUCCCAAGCAAAUGCAGAUUUAGACACGGCAACAUCCAAAAUGUUAGCGGUUCAAAAGAAAUUGGCGGAUCUUGAUUCAACCCUCCAGAGCCUGACGACUCAGGUGGAAAGGGCCACAAUUGAGAAAAUCAGUUGUCAAGAGGAGGUGAUGCGUACCAACCAGACCAUCGAGCUGGCCAACCGCCUGGUCAAGGGCUUAGAGUCAGAGAAGAUCCGCUGGUCCCGGGCAAUUGUUGAGUAUGAGAAGCAACAGAAGACCUUGUGUGGUGAUGUUCUCAUCACUUCAGCAUUUGUCUCCUACAUGGGUUACUUCACCAGACCGUAUCGGGCGCAGCUCCUUAACAAUGAAUGGAUACCGUUUCUUCGGUCUCAAAAGGUCUCUGUACCCCUGACAGAAGGCCUGGAUCCAAUCCUCAUGCUUACAGAUGACGCCAGUGUGGCCGCCUGGCAUAACCAGGGCCUGCCAAACGAUAGGAUGUCCACCGAGAACGCUUCUAUCCUGACCACCAGUGAGCGUUGGCCGCUCCUCAUCGACCCACAGCAGCAGGGCAUCAAGUGGAUCAGAAACCGGCUAGCGCCAGAGCUGAGGGUGGUGCAGCUGGGACAGAAAGGGUGGCUGCAUGUGAUUGAACAAGCCCUCGUCUGUGGUGAGACCGUUCUGAUAGAGAAUCUGCCGGAAAAAGUGGACCCAGUCUUGGAGCCUCUGCUGGGUAGAAAUACCAUCAAGAGAGGAAGGUACAUCCGACUCGGGGACAAAGAGUGUGAAUACAACAGUAGCUUUCAACUCAUCCUCCACACCAAGUUGGCAAAUCCCCACUUCCCUCCUGAGCUCCAGGCCCAGACCACCCUCAUCAACUUCACAGUGACACCUGAGGGCCUGGAGGAACAGCUGCUGGGACAGGUGGUGUCGCGGGAAAGGCCGGACCUGGAGGCCCUAAAGAUGGAGCUGACAACCGCGCAGAACCACUUCAAGAUUGAGCUGAAGAGGUUAGAGGACGACUUGUUGACUCGCCUCUCUGCAGCUCACGGCCAUUUUCUAGGUGAUAUCUCUCUGGUGGAGCAACUUGAGAACACCAAGAGCACAGCUGCUCACAUUCAGUGCAAGGUGGUGGAGGCCAGAAAAAACGAGACAGAGAUCAACGAGGCUCGAGAACUUUACCGCCCAGCUGCUGAGAGAGCGUCGCUCCUCUUCUUCAUCAUCAACGACCUCAGCAAGAUUAACCCCAUGUACCAGUUUUCCCUCAAGACCUUUAACUCUGUGUUCAACAAAGCAAUGGAGCGUGCAGAAUGGGACGAGGACGUGAGGACCAGAGUGCACACCCUCACCGAGGCCAUCACCUAUUCUGUAUUCCUCUACAGCAACCAGGGCCUGUUUGAGAGAGACAAGUUAACCUUCUUGUCACACACUGCCUUGCAGAUUCUGCUGAAGCAGGGCCUGAUUGAUGCUCAGGAAGUUGACCUCCUUCUGCGUUUCCAUGUGGAAGCUUGCAAAGUGAGUCCUGUGUCAUUCCUCUCCCCGCAGGCCUGGGGAGCCAUUAAGACCAUUUCGACAGUGGAGGACUUCAAUGGACUGGACAAAGACAUUGAGAGCUCACCAAAGCGUUGGAGAAAGAUUGUCGAGUCCGGUUGUCCUGAAAAGGAAAGACUGCCCCAGGACUGGAAGAAUAAAAGUUCCCUACAGAAGCUCAUAAUCUUUAGAGCACUUCGCCCUGACAGGAUGACCUAUACAUUAAGGAACUUUGUGGAGCAAAGCAUGGGAAGAAAAUAUGUGGAUGCCGCCAUGCUGGAAUUUGACCAGUUGUAUGAGGACAGCAGCCCUUCAACUCCUGUAUUCUUCAUUCUCUCCCCUGGGGUGGAUCCAUUGAAAGAUGUAGAAAAACUAGGAUUGAAGCUGGGGUUCACCAUUGAGCACGGCACUUUACACAACAUCUCGCUGGGACAGGGGCAGCACGAGGUAGCGAAACGGGUCCUGAGUAAUGCCUCGAAACUCGGACAUUGGGUCAUUCUGCAGAAUGUGCACCUGGUGCCUCGAUGGCUGCCCUCUCUUGAUGGACUUCUCGAGACGGCAGCGGUUGACAGUCACCCAAACUACAGGGUGUUCAUCACCGGGCAACCAGCACCAAACCCUGAUCAGCACCACAUCCCCAGAGGGAUCCUGGAGAAUGCCAUCAAAAUCACCAAUGAGCCCCCCACCGGCAUGAAUGCCAGUCUGCACGCGGCCCUCAACAGUUUCAGUCAAGACACUCUGGAUAUGUGCUCCAGAGAACAGGAGUUUAACUCCAUGCUCUUCUCCGUCUGCUUCUUUCACGCUUGUGUCACGGAGCGCCGUAAAUUUGGUCCCCAAGGGUGGAACCACAACUACCCCUUCAGCGCUGGAGACCUCACCAUCUCAGCCAGUGUCUUGUACAAUUACUUGGAGGCCAACUCAAAAUCCAUGCAGGUGCCCUGGGAGGACCUGCGUUAUCUUUUUGGGGAGAUCAUGUAUGGCGGACACAUUACAGAUGGCUGGGAUAGAAGACUGUGCCAGACUUAUCUACAAGAGUUCAUGCAUCCAAAAAUGUUUGAAGGGGAGCUCUUUCUGUGUCCUGGGUUCCUAUCGCCUCCGUUCAUGGACUACAGCGGUUACCACAGUUAUGUCGACGAGCACGUCCCACCUGAGAACCCCACUCUGUAUGGUCUGCACCCAAAUGCCGAGCUCGAGUGCCUCACUGUCACUUCAGACAACCUGCUAAGGACUCUUCUGGAGCUGCAGCCACAGGAAGCCUCCAGAGGGGAAGGCGCAGCGCAGGGCACAGAGGAGAAGGUCAAGUCUGUCAUUCAAGAUCUCCUGGACAAGCUUCCUGAGGAGUAUAACAUGGCCGAGAUAACUGCAAAGACUACAGAGCGAAGCUCGUACAUUUUAGUCUGUUUCCAGGAGUGUGAACGCAUGAAUCUUCUGCUAGCAGAAAUAAGGAAGUCCCUUAAUGUGCUGGAUCUUGGCCUGAAGGGAGAACUCACCAUCUCCUCCAGUAUGGAGACGCUGCAGUCAGCCCUGUUCAAAGACUGCGUUCCUGAUUCCUGGACCAGACUGGCUUACCCCUCCACUAAGACACUGGCCCAUUGGUUUAAUGAUCUAAUGUGUAGCUGUCGAGAGUUGGACAGCUGGACUCGAGACUUGGUUCUUCCUGCAGUUGUUUGGCUCUCAGGACUCUUCUACCCACAGUCCUUCCUGACUGCUGUUAUGCAGAGUAUUGCUCGUAAGAAUCAGUGGGCCCUGGAGAAGAUGACUCUGACUGUGGAUGUAACAAAGAAGACAAAAGACGACUAUGGACAUCCACCCCGGGAGGGGGCCUAUAUCCACGGGCUCUUCAUGGAAGGAGCACGUUGGGACACCCAGGCGGGAGUCAUCUCCGAGGCGGUUUUGAGGGAUCUGACUCCCGCCAUGCCGGUGCUGUUUGUCCGAGCCGUGCCAGCUGAUGAGCAGCAGCUCAAGAACACUUACGAGUGUCCAGUUUACUCCACUAAGCAGCGUGGGCCCUCAUACGUAUGCAGCCUCCACCUCCGAACCAAGCAGCCUCCUGCCAAGUGGAUCGCAGCCGGAGUCGCACUGUUACUGUCUGUAUGAGACAUUAGAGGAGGAGGAGGAGGUAUUUGUAAUAUCCACCGAGGGCUGACAGGAUGUUACAUUGUCACCACACUAUCAUUGUUGCCAAAACUAUGUGUCCAAGGACACUUUUAAAAUACCAGUUUUAACUCUAACUAACUCUAUGAAACUUUUACUUUAACCUGGUUAAUUGAGUUUUGAAAACUGAAUUUGUAUGUGGGACAUUAUCGUGCAGUGUAAACAUGAUAUGAAUAUUUUAUUUUUUUAUUUUCAUGGUUAUUGUCAAUACCGGUAGAUAUCAACAGCUUUUAAAUAUCUACUGACCGUAUUCUGCAAAUAGUGCUAAAACGUUUAUUAGAGGACCACUAUUUUCCCAUCUUAAUAUAAUUGACUCAUUUAUUGUAUUUAUUUAGUUUUUUUUAUCAAACUUUUCUUAUUAUUACUAAUGGAACAGAUAUGUUUAUUUUUUAAUAAUUAAUUGCAAUAAACGUAUUGUUGCUCAUUUGUUUCAUACAUAUGAAUACUAACAUUGUUGUGUGUGUGUGUUUUAGAUAUGAAGAUAACGGAAUUAAGGGAGUGCAGACGCAUGUUCAGCCGGUGCUGAACCUGUUGUGUCUGUGUCCGACACGGUUGAACCUUUCCCAUGAGACGGUUCAGUCUGGUCGUGAUUUGUUGGGAGCUUAUGUCUCUAUUUUAGACCAUGUAAUUCUGGAAAGGGAGCAUAUUUUAUUGGAAGGUCAAGAUUAAAAAGGCUCCCCGGCUGCCCUCUUCUAACUGAAUGAUACACAAUGCCGUCUGGAGGGUUCCCGGACAGAAUUCCCAGGAGAUGAUGUGCACGGCCGCUAUUGACUUUUAAAUGAGGUGCAUUUGACAUUGACCUUUUGUACGGCAGAGGCAGAAUACUAACAGACGAGUGUAAUUCAUUCAGCCAGGCCUGUUGGAGAAGCCUCUUCAAAGAUACUGAUCGCUUUCUAGAAGAGAGCAACACAUUAGAUGACCCAUCCUGUAUCAGUCUGCACUCAUCUGAUUGACUUGAUAUAAAUACAAUAAAACCUGAAACUUUGACUCUGAAGAAACUAAAAUUGUAUCUCUUUUAAACAGAUGUCAAUGAAAACUGAGAUGUUCAGAGUAAGGUUUGACUCUGAUAAUCUAUGCGUACUGAAUGAGAUGUGCAUCAUUUAUGUGCUGUUAAGUCCCUAAUGUGUCACAGCUUUGGUAAAAUAUUGGGGGUGCACAGAACAACACUGGGGGGAAAUAAUUGAAUCAAAUAUUUGGGUGCUCGGAUAGAAUUCUGUGCAACCAUGGAAAGGAUAUAUAACAACUGAACGUGUGUGUGUGUGUGUGUGUGUGUGUGUGUGUGUAUAACCUCCAUUUACCAUUUAUUCGUUCAAAACAAUCUUUUUAAUGUGUUUUUGGAGUGUCCAUUAUUGUCAACAUAAAAAAACGCAGUGUGUCUGAAAGGGGAUCUUUGGAUAUUAGCGGAAAUCUGAGACAGGGCAGAUGCCUUAUACAUAUGUAUAAAUUAUCUGCUAAGAUAAACAAGUGACAUAUGAUGUA